CGAGCUCGGUUGGACUCAACUCAACUCGUUUGUCGCCCUGAAAAAAUGCUGAUCCAGUUCCGGACUAAAAUCCGAUUCAUCAGUGUCCGUGCGGUACUGAAUAAUUUCCCUGUGGACAGACCCCUAAUCCAACUACGUGGAUUAACCCUCUUUUUAGGAUUUCGUAAUUAUCCUGCCAAUAUUUUAGAGUACCUUCUUAUCCGGAGUAAUUAGUUUGACAGUCCCACUAGAUUCAUCUUCCCAUUGUAUUCGGAAUUUCACCUCAGAAUUUCGCUGUGAUUUUGUUUGCUACAAUGGAAGAUUUUUCUUUCCCCCAAGACUCUCUUUUCCUUGGAUUCGACAGUUCUACUCAGUCCUUGAAGGCUACUGUGUUAGAUGCCACUCUCAACAUUGUCCAUUCGGAUAUAGUCAAUUUUGAUUCAGAAUUGCCCCAUUACAAAACCAAAGAUGGUGUCUACAGAGACCCAUCAGUCACCGGCCGAAUCGUUUCGCCCACUCUCAUGUGGGUGGAAGCACUGGACCUCAUACUUGAAAGACUCUCAUCAAAACUUGAUUUUGCGAAAAUUGCUGCUGUUUCCGGAAGCGGGCAGCAGCACGGCAGUGUUUAUUGGAAAACUGGAAGUUCUGUGAAGUUAUCAGCAUUGGACUCGAAGAAACAGCUGGUGGAUCAACUUGUUGAUGCCUUUUCGAUAAAGGAAUCACCCAUAUGGAUGGACAGCAGCACCACAGACCAGUGCAAAGCGAUUGAGAAAGCCGUUGGAGGUGCAUUGGAGUUAUCUAGAAUUUCUGGGUCGAGGGCACACGAGAGAUUUACUGGCUCACAAAUUCGAAGGAUAUUUGAGACACAACCCGAAGUUUAUCAUGAUACUGAGAGGAUUUCCCUUGUUAGCUCCUUUGUAGCAUCUCUACUUAUAGGGGGAUAUGCUUGUAUUGAUGAGACUGAUGGCGCUGGGAUGAAUUUGAUGGAUAUUAAGCAAAGGGCUUGGUCUAAAAUUGCUUUGGAGGCCACUGCACCAGGUUUGGAGGAAAAGCUUGGAAAAUUAGCUCCUGCACAUGCUGUUGCUGGGUUUAUUGCUUCCUAUUUUGUGGAUCGGUUCCGCUUCAACAAGAACUGUUUGGUUGUUCAGUGGUCUGGAGACAAUCCUAACAGCCUAGCAGGUUUGACUCUAAACACUCCUGGUGAUCUGGCAAUCAGUCUCGGCACUAGUGACACUGUUUUUGGAAUCACCAGUGACCCCCAACCAAGCUUAGAAGGGCAUGUAUUUCCUAAUCCUGUUGACACAAAAGGCUACAUGGUAAUGUUGGUCUAUAAGAAUGGCUCUUUGACUCGUGAAGAUGUGCGUAAUCAAUGUGCGGAUAAAUCUUGGGAAGUUUUUGGUAAAUUUCUACAACAAACACCACCUCUGAAUGGUGGAAAGAUUGGUUUCUACUACAAGGAGUAUGAAAUACUUCCUCCCCUCCCGGUUGGUUUCCACCGCUACAUUCUUGAGAACUUCACUGGUGACACCUUAGAUGGCACAAGUGAACAUGAAGUGGAGGAAUUUGAUUCUCAGUCUGAGAUUCGUGCAUUGGUUGAGGGCCAGUUGCUCUCUAUGCGAGGCCAUGCUGAAAGAUUCGGAAUGCCUUCUCCUCCUAAACGUAUAAUAGCUACUGGAGGAGCAUCAGCAAAUCAGAACAUUCUCAAAACAAUAGCUGCCAUAUUUGGCUGUGAUGUUUAUACAGUACAAAGAACAGAUUCUGCAUCCCUAGGAGCUGCACUGAGGGCUGCUCAUGGUUGGUUGUGCAACAAGAAGGGCAGUUUUGUGCCCAUCUCACUCAUGUACGCCGACAAGUUGGACAAGACAUCUCUUGGCUGCAAGCUUUCUGCAGCUGCUGGAGACAAAGAACUCGUCGCCAAGUACGGUUUAUUCAUGAACAAGAGACUGGAAAUCGAGAAUCGCCUUGUUCAAAAGCUAGGGCGCCUGUGAGGUUGCAGUACAAGGCACUAGCUUGAAAGGGUUAUGUGAGUGGCUGGCAUCCAAUGUUAUCUAGCCUGGGAUUUUGGUAUGCGAUUAAGCUAUAAAAGUAUCAUCUACAUUUUUGUGGUUUUUUUUAACUAAUAAACUUGUGUAUAGACAUUGUCCUAUACAGAAUAAAUUGUGAAUAAUUGUUGAGUAGGGAAAAUGUUCCAUAUACUUCCUGAUGAUUUGGAUACUAGUAAUAUUUUGAGAAAUUAUAGCAUUUAAGUUUUAGGCU